AUGUGCGUUUGUUAUAUUCGGGUUCCUCUGCCCUUGGCCGCGUGCAUCGGCCUGUGUAUUAGUGGUGGCAUUGUGACGGAGGCCCAGACACCGCCCAAGUCCCCCGCCCUCACUCCACCAAGUGUUAGGUGUGGCGGAAUUAUACAUCGAUUGAAGCUUACCAAGCAUGCUUUGAAACAGUCUCCACCAUAUAGAUGCAGAUUGCAAUGUGCUGUGGAGAGGGCUGAAUCGGAGAAGCCCUUUGCCCCACAGAGGCCGAGAAUAGAAUAUAAAUCUACUCAGGUUUUGCCUGGGAAUAAUGUCACAGCAAGAGCUGGCGAAAAAACGACUGUGAAAUGCAUCAGCCGAUAUGGAAAUCCACCCGCAAAAAUCAAAUGGUUUCUAGGCGAGACCGAGUUGAUCGGUAACCACACCAAAGAUCCGGAAAUGGACAACCCAAGGACUUGGGUCGUGACAUCCGUCGUCGCUAUCCACGUUGAAAAAGUUCAGCAUGGGAAGCCAUUGCGCUGCGUGGCUAUCCACGAAUCCUAUCCAACCAAAGUGCAAAGCCUGGACGUUCGCCUUGAUGUCACAUUUCCACCGGAAGUAAGGUUGGUGGGUGCUCCGACGACCGACCUUGAGGAAAACCGUGACAACGUUGUGUUACGAUGUGUGACCGACGCCAAUCCUCCGGCGUCCGUUGUUUGGAGGAAAGUCGGUCGCCAGGACGUGUCCAGCUUGGAGGAGAGCCUCCAGUUUCGACCCGUUACCAGGAAAGAUUCAGGAACGUACACAUGUCAGGCGAGGAACAGCCUUGGCCCUAGCGAGCCGCUUACUGUGAACAUAGACGUCAAAUUCGGCCCGGUAAUUAAAUCGGUGGGACCGGACAAAGUUAUAACAGCUUCACUUUUCAACGAAGCGUCCUUUGACUGCGAAGCCGAGGCGAGCCCGACUCCAAGUUACCAGUGGCUUCAGAGAAUCCAGGGAAUGGAAUCUGCAGUGCUGGUACGCAGCAAUGACGCCAGGCUUCACAUCAGGAACGUCAGCUACCACCAUCAGGGUGAAUAUAUCUGCAGGGUGUGGAACUACAUAGGCGGAUCUGAACGAUCCGUUCAGAGCGACCCGGUUUCCCUCCAAGUUGUCGGUGCGCCGCAGGUUCUGAGGGGGAAUAGUGGGGCUGAAGUAGUAGCCCUACGAGGAGCCGAUGCAGUUCUUGGGCUAGUCGUCUGUGCAGACCCAAGACCACAAACGGCGUCUUGGGAAUGGGGAAGCCUUCAUCUUCAAGUAGGCGAAGGCCUAGGAAGAUACCAUGCUGAAAAACUCGUCCAGGAGACGAGAGAAGACUGCUACGAGGCUAGAUUACACGUCAGGGAGGUGGACCCGACAGAUUCCAGGACGUACUUCCUAACAGUCGAAAACGAGAGGGGUACCGACAAACACUACCUAAGACUGGCCGUUCGCGGUUCGUAUACCAAUGGCAACGAGAAGAGCGACAUGUCGAGCAUGAUGUCGCGGAAGAGUACCAGCUGUGCACCAAGGAUGGAAACGGGCCCUCCUCGGCCGGAACAGCCGUUUUACAGAUCCGGACCGCAUUCUAUAACAGCGCCCAGCCCAGAUGCAAUGAAGGUGAGGUUAGCCGCAAUGGUACUUCAACCUCCAACAAGGGUCUAG